CUCAGCCUUGAGAUCCCACGGUUCGAUGCGCUCGCUUGGGUUGACGACGGUUCUAGUUUGAUUUUCCGUGGCCUGGGGUGGACAGCGUGUUAUAAUAUUCACUUAAGUUACCCACCUUAAGCAGAACAUGUUGGGCUCUGAUGAGGCGUCAGCUCCGUCGGAGCCGGAGCCGCCGCCAGAGGCCGUCAAACCCGCCGCCGCCGCUGCUGACGCGCCGGAGGACGCCCCGGACGGCCGGCACAGCCGCGUGGCGCCGCUGGCUCCGUCUCCGGCCGUCAGCCACGUCUCGCUGGUGGAGCUGAGCCUGGAGGAGGACGGACCGGCCGCCGGCGGCGACUGGACGGCCGGCGCCGCGCCGCGCGUCCGCGGCCUCGACAAACUGCAGGAGCUGGAGCGCGAGCUCGGAGCCGCCCAGCAGGAGCUCAAGCUCAAGGACGAGGAGGUGGCCAAGCUGAAUCGGAUCCGCAACGAGAUCGAGGCGGAAAUGGAGGAGCUGACCGCCAGCCUGUUCCAGGAGGCCCACAAGAUGGUGCUGGCGGCCAACGAGAAGCAGGCCGCCGCCGAGAAGGCUCUCCAGGAGGCCACGAUGAAGAUUGACGUGUUGCAGGCGGAGGUGGCUGCGCUGAAGACGCUGGUCAUCACGUCUACCCCGAGCCGACCGAACGCCCACCUGCACCCCCAGAUCGACCUGGGAAAGUCCAACGGUAUCAAGAUCUGGAAGAAGGGCCACCACCGGUCUCCGUCGAACCAGGAGCUGACGCGUCCGGACGCGUCUCCUCCCUCGUCACCGGCCCGCUCGCCGCCGCAGCAUCUGGCCGCCCCGGAGCACAUUGACGAGGUGGACCCGCGGCUGCUGUCGGAGGUCUCCGCCUGGCGUGAGUCGCCCUCCGUGGAGCUGACGGCGCCGUUCGUGCGGGACGUCUACCGCGAGGACAUCGAGCCGUGCCUGCGCUUCGCCACGCCGCAGCUGACCGAGAAGGUGACGUCGGCGGUGCUGCAGAACUCGGUCUGCAUAGAGGAGGUGUCCUCCGGCCUGCGCGGCCCCAACUUUCCCAGCAGUGACGAUUCCAGACGGUGUGCGCUGCUCAACGUCCACCGCACCUGCCGGUACCGGAUGAAACUGCCCGGCGAGACGGGAUGGAUGGACAUCUCGCAGAUCUGCCGAAACCGGAUAACGGCCGUUUGCGACUUCCUCAACUACCUGCGCUACAUCGAGCGAGGCAUGGUCAAAGGCUCCGUGAUCGACAUCUACCGGGAGAUCAUGCGACUGAGGCGCAACAUGGCCGUGGCGCGGCUCGGCUUCACCACCUGAGCGUCCAGUAUCAUCUUACCGAAGGCUGGCAGUCGUUCUACCGGCUGGUGGAUGUUCUACCGGCUGGUAGUGGUCGCUCUACCUGGCUCUAUCGAUGGCAGGUGAACGUUCUACCGACUUUGAGUGGACGCAACGCUGGAGUCUUGACAGACAUUCCUCGACCAAGGUUAGCGAAGUUCUCAAGGCUACAAUGAAUGCCGAGGUAUGGUCUGGCUGGGCUCACGGCGGUUGUAGGCUACGUUCGCUGUACGACAAACAGCUGUAGGUCCCCAGGUGAAGUCUUGCCGUGCCUGUGGCAUACUUUGGUCAGUGAGUAGCAACACUGAUCCGGCCGGAAACGAGAUGUCAUUUAGAACAGAACAGGGUUUCAUAGACAACACUCGCCAGAUCGGAUUUACAACAGUUUUGGCCUUUUUACUUCGGUUUUAUAUUCGGACUUGACCCUAUUGUGAUGCAUGAAAAGACUCCUCGCGCUAUUGGUGCGUUCAGAUACUCCACAGCUGAGGUAUGGUGCUUGCUUAGCAAGCUGCGCUGGGUUUGGGUGAUGUUCACGGUCCAUGACAUGAGCCCGGCGGGGGCGACUCAGGCUGAGGGUCUAACCCUGUGAUGUCGGUCUCUGGGGCGGUGUGCGUCCUCUCUGGACGGUGGGUGAGAGUCACUGAGGCGGCUGCGGCGGACGGGCUGAUCGGGAGGGGCGCGCCGCACGGCUGUGGACGCGCUGGGAUCUGGAGAAUCUCGUUGGUCAGGGCUGGUGAUUCCGUGGGCCGCGCGGGCCCGGGCGGCUGUAUAUUUAUGCACAUCGGGAGAGCUCAG